CUCGCAAGCGGCACGUGUGACGCCGAGACGCGCGGCAUUCAUUGCUCAUGCACGACGCAAAGCAAGAUGGCGGUUCGUGCCGUUGAUUUAGUUCGUAUUAUUGAACAGUAUCCUUGUAUAUACAAUAACAGAAUAGCGGAGUAUUCUAGAAAAGAGGACACGGAUCAAGCUUGGAGCGAAGUUUCACAUUUAACGAACACAUCUGUACCCGAAUGUCAAGUUAAAUGGAGGAAUAUAAGGAAUGGUUUCGUUCGAAGUCUCAAAUCAUUACCUCGUGGUAAACAGAAAAAGUUAUAUCACUUACACGAAGAAUUGCAGUUCUUAGUUCCGUUUAUCAAGACGGUUGUACCAGAGACAAAAAAUCCCACAUCAGAUGACGAACCUGUGGAAAUCGAAGUAGAGCCACUAACAAUAGAAAAACCAUCGACAAAAGUUUCUAAUUUCAAAAGGCGUAAAAUAAAAAAGUAUAGAUUAGAACGACCGGAUUUUUCCUGGAUUAAAAAUAUUAAAAAUGAAAAUCCUAGGAAAAUGUUUUUACUAAGUCUCUUACCUGAUGUGGAGAAGUUGACGGACGAGCAAAUGCGCAAGUUUAGGAUUAAGAUGUUAUUGUUACUUGAGGAUAUACAGAUGGAGACAGAAGGUUAACUUUAUAUACAAAUAUAUUUAAAAUGAUUUUGUGAAUUUAUGCAAUGGACAUUUUAUAUUCAUAGGAGAUAAGGUUGUUCUUUUGUUCGUAAUAAUUUUAUAUGACCAUAGAUAGUAACUUAGUUGUAGGCCAUUAUUCAUAAGAACUAAACCAGUCUCAUUACACACUUAAGCGGGCCAUAGACGGACCGCAUGUUGCAGUCAAGACCGACCGCAAUAUGCGGUUUGCUCAGGAACUGCUCGAGCGGUCCGUGUAUUGCAAAUAUGAA